UUCAAUCGGAGUAUACCUGAGCGCUCCACCAUUCAACACGUGCCAACCGGUCGAGCUCGAGAACGACUCGAAGGCUCCGGUACGGGAGCACGGUUAGUUCGACAUCCGGGUACGCAUAGUAUUGCAACUCAGUCCAUUCGAAUACGGGCCCGUUCACCCAGUCGUAAUGAUCUAGCGGAUGCACGUGAUCCAUCUGCGACUACUCCCAGACCGAAUAGUCCGGACGAUCUGUCCAUUUCUUCGGUGGCCUCGUCCAUUUCGACUCUCGGACAGAAUGGUCCAACAGACUACGAUGAUACUGAAGAUACUCCGGGAUUUAAUCACCCGACUGCACGACACGCGCGUCGCCAGAGUAACACACUGGGUUCUCCCACUCAACAACCGAUGGCCCGUCAUUUCUCCAUGCGUCCUCCAUCCACACGUGACAACAGUACAAACCACACAAGCGGAAACGGGGCAUUGAACAAUUUUUUUCGUACGCUCACCACCCGCAUUUCACGCAGUAAACUCUUUCGACGUUCAGCCGUCAUGCAUCCCGGGACGAACUAUGCCGAUCUAGAAUCCGGCCGUGCCGGAACCGGACACACAGACCAACGUGAUCGUUUGGAUCCUAUGCUAGCUCCGACUUUGGAAUUGGAUAAAGUAGUUGUCACCCGUGGCAGUCCCUCGCCCGAUACCGUACACAAAUCAUACACCGCACGCUUACCGCGCAGUCGAAGUGGUGUCACACCACAUCGUCCGGUGUCCCAAGUAACGCCGAAUAACACGACUGAUACGCUUCGUGAGGAACCCUCUCGUAGUGGUCCUCCUCGUGGGAGCGGUGGAGGUCACAAGUCUACGCGAUCGGAAACUGCAGACGUGUUUGAUGAAGGAACGGAUGAGGAUGUGGCGCCGGAAACGGACCUUGCACGUGGGGAUUUAACACGGCGAUCUAGCAAACGCAGUUCCAGCUCUCGUGACUAUUCUCGAUCCCAUUCAACCCAUCGGGCGUCAGCUCGCAGCAACGGACAUGGAACGGGUGGUAGUGGUUCAGGUGACGAGCGAACUCCGGUGAAAGCCGCUCCAGGCCCUUCAAACACAUCCGCACGCGGAGCUCAAUCAAGUGUUCGACGUCAAGUGUCCGCUAAUGUCUCUGAUAAUAAGAGCAGUGAAUCUGGUAAGCUGACCGGAGGUGGAGGGAAAAUGCACCGAAGUAUGCGUUAUGUUUUGCGACCCACCUUUGCCCGUUGUCCAUUGGACGAGGUGAUGAUUGAAGUCAAACAGUCUUUGACCAAACACAAUGUGGAUUUCGAGGUUGUCGGAGAGCAUAAACUGCAAUGCGUGUAUGGGGAUCCGUCACACGGUUGUGGUGCCCUCAAUCCCAAUGUGUCGGGCUCCGGUUCCACGGGAAGCACAAAUACUGGCGAGGUGGGUGGUGCCGGUGUGGUUCAUUGGGAAAUGGAAAUCGGCAAAUUGGCCGGAAUCGGAAUGAACGGAAUCCGAUUCAAAAGAAUCAAUGGGUCGAUGACGGCGUUCAAACAGAUUGCGAAAAAGCUUGCUGCCGAUCUCCGAUUCUAA